AGCUAUGGGUAUCAACUGAUCGGAGCAGAAGAGCGCACACGACAGAGAGUCCUCAAGCAGUCUAAAUAAGCAGCGUCCUGAAUGGCUUUGUGUCGAGUGUGUGUAGUCUAGUCGUGCACGCGCAAACGCUUGGGGCCGCGGCCGCCGGGCAAGCAACGGACAAGACUUACAUUUAUCUGUCAAUAUCAGUUUUUCCACCUUCAAAAGAUGUCUGGCCAACAAAACUUACUACCACAAUUUUUGUUCAUCACCAACCUCUUAAAAGCUGUUAAAAUACGAGAGAGGGUUGCUGAUGAUGUUGUCAAGUCUUCAUCUACAAAUGGAAUCAUUCCUUACCUAAAAAGCAUGCACAGAUGCACUUUGCAGAUGUUUAGGAUAAGUCAGUUUACGGUACAGUUCAGGGAAGUUAUCCAAAAUGCACUCCUCGACCAGUCCAUGCGGGUUUCCUUAGAGCAAGAGAAAAAACUGAACUGGUGCAAAGAAGUCAAGAAGCUCGUCCCACUUCGAACUAAUGGUGAUGGAAAUUGCCUACUCCACGCUGCUUCACAGUACAUGUUGGGUGUUCAAGAUACAGACCUUGUUCUGCGGAAAGCCUUGUAUAGUGCACUGAGGGAAACAGAUGCACACAACUUUAAAAUGCGCUAUCAGCUCGCAUGCAUGCAGUCUCAGGCAUUUACAGAGACAGGACUCUGCUAUAACACUAUGAAUUGGGAAGAUGAAUGGGAAAAAAUUAUCAAAAUGGCAUCACCUACUUCAAGUCACAGUGGUCUACAAUAUGAUUCUUUAGAAGAUAUCCACAUAUUGGUUCUAGCAAACAUUCUGCGGAGACCCAUUAUUGUCAUAGCUGAUCAGGUACUGAAAAGUAUGAAGUCUGGCACAGCUUUUUCUCCUCUUAAUGUUGGAGGAAUUUAUUUGCCUCUGGCCUGGCGUCCCCAUCAGUGUUACAGAUAUCCCAUAGUACUUGGUUAUGAUUCUCAACAUUUUGCACCUCUUAUAACAAUGAAAGACAGCAGUGCAGAAAUUCGAGCUGUGCCUUUAGCCUAUGAAGGGAAAGGUAGAUUUGAAGAUUUGAAAGUCCACUUUUUAAAAGGUUCAGAGGACAAAAAUGAUUUGUUAAAAGAAUAUUUGAAUUUAGUUGAAAUUCCAAUUCAGCGUUUUGGAUCUGACAUAACACACAUCAUUAUGGCCGCAAGACUUGAUGAAGGAAAUUUGCCAGAAGAUAUGGACCUCAUGGAAGAUUAUCUACAAGUUGUCAACCAUGAGUACAAACACUGGCAAGAGAAUUCCAAAUCCUGCAGGCAGUCUGGCUACAAUGAACAAGAGCAAUUUUCUCUUUCUCAGCUUUCUCUUAUUGAAAUUAAGUGUGCCACCAAAAGAUGUCCAUUUUACAUUUCAGUUGACACUAGACCCUAUUGUCAUGAAUGCUUUGAAAAAAGAAUGAAUGCCAAACCAGAAAUGAAACCUCAGAGCCAGAUUCCAUUGUUGGGAGCAGAGCCUCACAAACUGACUAGGGCAGGUUCUUCAAAUCCAAGGGACUGUGUUCCUUUAAGAACAUCAAAUGAAAAAUCUGUUCCCAGUCCUCGAUGUGCACCUCCCACCGCACCUAGUCUUAAUCUUUUCAGUGAAACUCAUGCAAUGAAAUGUAAAACCCCAGAGUGUCUAUUCACUUUAAAUGUCCAGCACAAUGGACUUUGUGAACAUUGUUUCAUAGCUAGACAGUCUAAUCAGAUACCUGAUGUGGAAAGUAAAAGGAAUCCGGAAUUUGGAAAAUGUUUAAAUGAGCCACAGCAACCACUACCGCUGUGGCAUAAGCAAAAUGAGGACUCGCCCGCUAUUUCUGAAGAUACUAAAUGUGGUGUUUGCCAUCAGAAUGUCUCUCGGACUUUUAACGGUCUAUGUAAUUUGUGCAUGCAAAGGAGUUGCAAUGAAAAAUCUAUUCUCUCAAAAUAUCAGAGAAAUUCUCCUUGGCCUUCCCAGCCUGUAGGAUCCAGACAGUGGCUUUGGCAUGAUCCAGAGGAAUCUGUUGUACCAUCUCAGUUUCAAGAAAUAUCAGAAGGAACACCAUGCAGAAAACAAGGUUGUCCAUUUUAUGGAACAGUGCAGAAACUGGGAUUCUGCACCAUAUGUUUUUUUGAGUAUCAAAACAUGCAGAGAAGUGAAGAUGCAUCUCUAGCUCAUAGAAGACUUUCUCCCCGGAAUGUCUCGAGCUCUGCAGAAGCCGUCUUUCAGAACACUUCAAAAUGUCUCAGUCAUCACUGUACCAACCUGGGCAAUUCCAUAUUUGAAGGAUACUGUGAGAAAUGUUACUUAAAACAACAGAACCAAAGAUACGUAGAUGCACGCAGGACUGCAGAGCAUACUCCCUCUACUAGGCAUGAGCAGAUCACCCCACACAGAUUUCAGCAAAGCCAUUUGAUCACCUCACCAAUACAGUGUUUCACGAACAACUGCAGCAACUAUGUGUCAGUCUGGAAGGAGUAUUGUUCAGAAUGUCAGAAAAAUGGCUUGCAAAUAAAUCGCAGGAUACAGACAGUGGGAGAAACGGCCAAGCCAAAAUGCAGGACCCAAGGGUGUGAUCACUACGCAAACCAGGAGAAGCAAGGCUUCUGUAACGAGUGCGACUUGUUCAGACAGAUUUACAAGAAUUAACAGAGAGACUGAUAUCAAAAUGGAAAACACUUGUUCUUUUCUAAUGUUAUAAUUACUUGACACCAAACUUUAUUUUAUGACUCUCAAGAGAACAGAAGUCUGACCAUAUUGCCAUUGCACCUAACUUCAAUAAGCUGUUAUAUAUAAUAUGCUUUAUUUAAACUAUAAAUGACAUAUACCUCAAUUUAACUGAACUAAAUUUAAUACUACAAUUAAGAUUCAGGGAAAAUGUCUGACAUACCUGAGAAAUAAAAAUCUGAGCGUUUUUUUUUUUUUGUUUGUUUGUUUAACAAUAUUAUAUAUAAAAAUCACAAAUGUAUAUGUGUAUAGUUUGAUAUUUGAAUAGUUAUUUAUACUGUUAUGUGAUCUUUAAUAAAUUAUUUGGAAUUGUUUAGU